CAUAAAUGUAGGACCUAGGUACUACAUGGUAAUCCUAGGGUAAUUGAAAGCUGGGGUUAGAACAUUAACUGAAGCUGCUGCACUUUACGCGCAUCGCGUUUUGCCGCGUGAAAUUCACUUCUCAAACUUAUCUUUUUUUUCUCUUUUUUUCUUUUCGACUUUAACAACCACCCAAUCGGUCCAAUCGCACGAUACGCAGAACUACAAUCAUCUCACAUUUCAUUUUGCGUAGAAUACCAAUUUGUCAUGGCCCCAGGUCCCGUUGCCGAGGACGUCGACAUGGAGAUGGGUGCGCAGGAUUAUGACGAGGAUGAAGAGCAGAGACUCAUCAAUGAAGAGUAUAAAACGUGGAAGAAGAAUUCUCCUUUUCUCUAUGAUAUGAUCUUAAGCACUGCCCUGACAUGGCCUACCCUGACAGUCCAGUGGUUCCCAGAUGUCAAAGAACCAGAAGGCAAGAAUUGUCGCAUCCACCGAGUUCUGAUCGGAACACAUACCUCUGAAGGUAAACCGAAUCACGUCCAAAUCGCCGAGGUCGAGAUUCCUAAGUCCGUCCACGCCCAUUCAAAUGAUUAUGACGAUGAACGAGGUGAGGUUGGUGGUUAUGGAAAAUCUCCUGCUGGCGACAUCGCGGCCAUGAAGUGGAACAUUGUCCAGAAGAUCGACCACCCUGGCGAGGUCAAUAAAGCUCGUUACUGUCCCCAAAAUCCCGACCUCAUUGCUACACUAGCGGUGGACGGCCGAAUCCUUAUCUUCGAUCGAACCAAGCAUAGUUUCGAACCCAAUGGCAAGGUCAACCCCCAAAUCAGUCUCGAAGGUCAUAAACAAGAAGGAUUCGGUCUUAAUUGGAAUCCCCAUCUUGAGGGAUCAUUGGCCUCGGGAAGCGAGGACGAGACUGUCUGUCUUUGGGAUCUCAAGGCAUUGCCAAAUGGUAGCAACACUUUAAGCCCUGCCCGUCGCUUCACUCACCACACCAACAUUGUCAAUGACGUUCAAUAUCACCCCAUCUCGAAGAACUUCAUCGGUAGCGUGUCUGAUGACUUGACUCUACAAAUCAUGGAUGUGCGACAAGCCUCAACUACGCAAUCAUCACUAGUUGCUAAAGACGGACAUAGCGAUGCUAUCAACUCGUUGGCGUUCAAUCCUUCCACCGAGGUCCUCGUAGCUACCGCUUCCGCCGAUAAGACUAUUGGAGUUUGGGAUCUGCGCAAUGUGAAAGAGAAGGUUCAUACCCUAGAAGGCCAUCAGGAUGCAGUUACUUCGCUUUCCUGGCAUCCCCACGAAGCCGGCAUCCUUGGCAGCGCUAGCUACGAUCGACGAAUCAUCUUUUGGGAUCUUAGUAAAGUCGGCGAGGAACAACAGCCUGACGAUCAGGAAGAUGGACCCCCUGAACUAUUGUUCAUGCAUGGUGGGCAUACCAACCACCUGGCAGAUUUCAGCUGGAACCAGAAUGACCCAUGGCUGGUAGCUAGCGCCGCCGAAGACAACAUGCUUCAAGUUUGGAAAGUCGCCGACUCUAUUGUUGGAAAAGACGAAGCAGACCUUCCAUUAGACGAACUUGGCAGGUAAAGAGUUAGGCUUAGCAGGAGAGCAACAACUAGCAACUAUGGCUUAUAGCGCUAGUUGAUGACCGGAUGGGGAUAAGGAAGGGCGGGUCCUUUGGCAAUUGCAAUGUCGACGAGAAUACCAACAAGAUUAGAAAGACUGCCGUAUCAGCCCAGCAGAGAAAGCUAUGCCGUAUGCCUCUACUUGCUACCACCAGGAUUGUCCAUAUAGCUAGCUACCUGCGUAAUGACCGUUUUUUUUUAGAAAAGGAAAAAAAAAGCAACAAAACCAAAACA